AUGGUCGCUUUUGAUAGUCCCGCAAUCGCACCAGGCUCCACCGUCCUCGUUACGGGGGCCAACGGCUUUGUUGGAGCUCACGUCACAGAUCAGCUUCUUCAACAAGGCUACAAAGUGCGAGGCACAGUCCGAGACGCCGCCAAACACCAAUGGCUUGUAGAUCUUUUUUCGCAAAAGUAUGGUCAGGACAAGUUUGAACUCAUCACGGUCAAGGACAUGAGAGAGCCUGGUGCAUUUGACGACGCAGUCUCAGGCGUUUCCGGCAUCGCGCACGUUGCCUUGGUGCGAAGUAUGGACGUCACACCAGACGAGCUGAUCCGAAUUACCGUGGCCGGGACACUGAGUUGCCUGCAGGCCGCGGCUAAGGAGCCCAGUGUGAAGCGAUUCGUUUUGACUUCGUCUUCAGCUGCGGUUCGCUCGCUGCAAGCAUACCGUGGAACAGAUACAGUAUCUGCGGAUGAGUAUGACGAGCAGACGCUGGCCUUGUCCAAAAAUAUCCCCGACGCUCUUCCGCCAAUGCAUAAAUUCAUGAUCGCCUACUUUGCUUCCAAGGUCGCGGCCGAACAAGCUUUCUGGCAGUGGGUGAAGAACAACAAGCCACACUUCUCUGUCAACGCGGUGUUGCCUUGUACUAUCUACGGAAGCCCACUGGACGUGGCUCACCAGGGCUUUCCAUCUACUGCGAAGAUCCCGCUUCAGAUCUUGGACGGCGAUACCGAUUCUAUCAGACACGUGCAGCGUUUCUACUAUGUCCACGUGCAGGACGUCGCUCGGCUUCAUGUAGCUGGCUUGAUCCACCCGACUACCAGCGAUGAACGCAUUUUCGCAUAUGCCGCCCCAUAUUCCAUCAACGAGUUCUUCGACAUCUUUACGAAAUCUGUCUCGGGUUACAAGCACCAAGAGAAACUUGCGGGACUAGAUUUUCCUCUGGCGGAGAUUGGACCCCGAGGCAAGGCUGAAGCGCUGCUGAAGGACAUGGGCCGGCCAGGGUUUGUGGAGAUUGGAAGAGACCAUUGUCAGCAGCAUUAA